GAGGACGGAGGAGGUGAGAAGGGGCGGAGUGAGAAGGUGGAGGGAAGGGAGGGAGAAGCAGAGGAGUCAGCAGAAGAAGCAGGAAAGCAAGCAGCAAAGGAGUCAGCAGAAGAAGCAGGAAAUCAAGCAGCAAAGGAGGCAGCAGAAGAAGCAGCAGAGGAGGCAGCAGAGGAGGCGCUAGUGAGGGGCAUCGUGGAGGACAUUUUGAGGCGCGGCGCUGAUGACAGCAGCAGCGCCUCCCCUGCUGACCUGUGCGCUGACAUGGCAGCUGCGCUGGAGAUGGUAAAGGAGAUCACACGUGAGGACGACACGUCAGCAACAGAUGCCGGGGAAAAGGGAGGUAGUUCCAUCACAAAGGCUAGAGAAGCCGAGGACAGCUGGCGCGAGCGCACGGGUGCAGGCCUGUCAGGGCUGGGCAAGGCAGGAGCAGACGGUGCUGCUGGCAGCGGCGGCAGCAGUGGUGGCGGCGGUGGUAACCGCGUGUUACGGCUGCGGCCAAUCACGAUGGCGGACAUGCGGGCGGCGAAGCAGCAGGUGGCGCCGAGCACGGCGGGGGACAGCAGCAGCAUGGCGGAGCUGAGGCAGUGGAACGACCUCUAUGGGGAGGGCGGCUCGCGCAAGAAAGAAAACUGUCCUACUUCCUCUGAGGCACUGCAAGAAGGUUUUUCUUGA